AUGAAAAUUUAUGAUCCAUCACCGACCUUUCCGCAAGUAUUUCCAUCAACGAGGAUGAACAUGGAAGGAAACAUUGCUUGCAGCAGCAUUUGGGUGUGCAGACCUCAGUUCUUGGAUCAUCUCGAUGGAGAAUUUGAACCACCCAUAAACGUCAGCAGCCUUACUUAUUUGGGUUCAGCGUUUCACACCCCCGAAUCUGGUACUUACUCGCCUUAACUUGGAAGCAUGCAAAGAGGAUCUAUAAUAUUUUCUUUUCUUGGAGAUCAUUCAUGGUGCUCUGUUUCAUGGCCCAUUCCCAUUGUCUCAGUCAGAUACCGACCAUAAUGUUGGUUCUACUCUGCAUCCACCCCCGAGUAGCUUUCUUGAUGUAUUUUUACUCUGUUUACAUUACUACAUUGGCCUUUAGACUUGUCAAUCCAAGCUCUGUUUAUUAGGGAAAACAGUCUUGAAGUGUAUAUUUUUUGGCGUCACUCUCCUCCACUAGUCUUUGCAUUCCCUCUCCCCUGAGUGGAGAAUGAGCUUUCCAAUUUCUGAGGCUUGUAUUCCUUACAGACAGUACCACCAAAAUUUGCUCGUCUUUGGGGAGACCUCCUUGAUGAAACUGCCCACCUCGAAGACUCAGACGGCCGCCGUUGGCAGGUCAAGGUUUCAAAGAUGGAUGGUUGCCUAGCCUUUGGGAAGGGAUGGGACGUGUUUGUACUGCAACACUCUAUUGUGGUUGGAGAGAUGCUGGUCUUCAAAUACGCCGAAGUUUCAACUUUUAUUGUGCAGAUAUUUGGCAAGAGUGCCUGUGAACGAAGGCAUUUUCGCCCCAUAAUACAUGACGACAGAAGUAAAUCUCUUGUGCACUGUUCCAGCAGAAGGAAGAGAUUGGCUUCCGAGUGGUUAUUGGGCCUGCACGGAAAUGCCAAGAAGCCUGAUGAAUCUGCUGCGAACUGCUGUGGAAAGCCGGAAGAUUCUGGUGGAAGAGGGACACCUAACAGAGCUAUUCCUAGCAAACCAACGGAGCACCAAACUGCUGCUGCGAUCGAUUAUAAUGAGAUUGCAUGCAUUUUCAUCAGUGAUGAUGAGAAUGUAGAGGAGGAGAAACGGCGGGGCCCACAUAAGUCGAGCAGGCAGAAGACGGCAGCAGAAAUCUCAAAUUCUGAGUAUUUUCAAACCAAAGGCACCACCAUUGCGGAUGAUCGCUCGACAAGGGUUGAGAGUCAAAGAAACUUGAUUAUGGAAUUGCCAAUAUCCAGAGUAAGUAAUUGGGGAGGGGCUCCUCCCAAGGAAAGAGGAUUGAAUGCAUCGGAGGAUUGCAACCUGCGGAAGACGAUUGGUGCUAACAACGCCAUAGGAUCUGAAUGGAUGCCAUCAUUGGGUCGUAGCAAAAGUGAGGAAGCAAAUCAGUAUUGCUAUGAUACCCAUGUAUAUCAAUUUCUUGUCGAUGGUCAGGGAACUUGUCACAUUGUACAUAAUUCAAUCUUCGAUCCUGGGUCACACGGUAACAACAUAGGUUUGUCCAAAGAUGAUGUGAAUGGCAUCCAAAAAUCAAAACUGUGCAGCUCAUCCACAAUCAAGAGAAUCUCUUCUCCCCAUGAUAUUGCCCCAAAGAAGCUCUCUACAUCCCCUACACUUUGUGGCGGAAGAGAAGAAUAUUCUGCUAAAACUGACCAGAUAAACGGUAAGAAUGAUGCACAGAAUGCCCAUUUGGAGGCCUUGUGUCAGUCUAAGCAUACUACCUUUUCUAAACUCUAAUGUAUAUGCAUUAUUUUUAUUAUGUUAUUAUAAUUUAUGCACUUCGACGCCCCCGGGAGGAAUGCUGAAGCCAGACCUGCAGGCGAUAAUGCUUCCGUGGUAAGAGAUCACCCAGAAGACAUCACUGAGGUUGUCCCAUUGCAGGAGGAAAAGCUGGGUGGAUCAUCAUGCGAAUACGGUAGCAAGUUCUUCAUCCUUAUUCUCUAACUAACUUUAUAUCAUAUAAAAGUAUUUUUCUUGUGAAGUAAGGGUCGGACCAUUCUCAACGUCAAGGCUGUCUAUGUAGGAGUGAAGGGCGAUGCCAUCGUAAAGGAAGAUGAGAAGUUGAAGCCCUCUCUUGAAGAAGCUGUCUUGAAAGAGGUGAAGAUUGAGAUCUUGUCUGAGGAUGAGCCUUUGGCAGCCAACCCACCCCCUUUCAGCUUCUCUCUGGUUGUGGAUACCUUGACAUGCCAUGUAAGUAUCCAAGACCAUCUCUGAUUGUGAAUUUGUAGAAAGAAUCGAGCUUCUUGAUACAGUGGGUAAAGUGACCUGCCCAUAUAUGGGUGUCAUAGAUCAAAGGAGAUGGGAUGAAAAAUGAAAUAAAUACAUUUUGAGAAAUAUAACCAAGAACAGGAUGAAACACUUGUUGAAUGGAAGAAUUGAAUUAUGUGGCUAAAAUAUUUUAUCUAUGCCGCACAUACACGGCUGGAUCUGAGUUAGAGAACCCACUUCUUUUGGCAUGAUAUCAUAGGCUAUAGAUGUAUUCUUGGGCUGUGUAGGUGAUUAAACUAAACCCUUUGAUCACAAUUUUUAUAUAGCCUCUUUUUUUUCACAAAAUGAAAAAGCCUGAGGUGAGGGUUGAUUACAAUGGCGUAAUUUAGGUAUAAUAGUACCGCAAUGAAUAAUGUUGAUGAUCUGGGCUGUAUAUAUCGUUCUAUUGAUCUCUUCGCAGGAGUUGCCUGACCCAAUUCCAUCGAUCCUUGGAAGAAAGAAGCUCGAGAGGAAGGUGGUGCCGCUCCGCGAUCCAGACAUGAGGAUCUGGCCGGUCGUCUACCUUGAGAGCUUCCGGUUUCUUGGGUUUCUGGGCGGCUGGGAAGCCUUCGUAGUGGGAAACGGAAUACGGGAAGGAGACACCUGCCAUUUUGAGAUGGUUGACUUCAAGGUGCAGCCCGUGCUACAGGUCCGGAUCUCAAGAGUUUCAAGAGACUGACUCCGUUAUCCUACCCCUCCUUCCACAAUUCGGGCGUUUUUGUUUCAAGACCAUGUAUUUCACAUACACUAAAGAUGCCCUGUGAGCGAAGGUUCAUGCUGAGGUCGGGUCUUGUUUGAUCAAUUGUUUUCCCUCUAUUGGACGUAGGAUUCUUUGUUACUGGUUACGAAGAGCUUAUUUCGUCUUCAAGCUUUAGAGGGAGAGGGGAGGCUUCAUGCUGGUUCUCCUCCCAUUUGAAGGUUUCAUUGUUGCUGAUGACUAAGAUCUACCGUCUUCAACCUUUAGAGAGAGAAAGAGAUAGCCAGAUAAGGCUUCAUACUGGGUUUUCAUAGAUGGUUCCCAACAUGGGGAAUCCCUGUAGGCCGAUUUUAAUGGGUUGGGUUGGAUCAUAUACAUUUGGCUUCACGCGUCACUGAGAGAGAGAGAGAGAGAGAGAGAGAGAGAGAGAGAGAGAGAGAGGAGGGUGGGUCUCUGCUGUCUUUGCAUUAUACUUUUUGUGUGGGAAUCGAGCUGGAUAAGCCCAGUAUUGAAACGUCCCAGCAUCAAUUCCUGUAAAAUUUCAGGUUCUGAGAUAGCUCUGGGGAUUAGGCUGAUCUGGGUCGGGAAAGUCUAG